UGCCAACAUCCGCUCAGAGACAAGGAUCAGUGCCGGACAAGCCGAGGCUCUGAAAGGAAGGAACCUAUAUUUAUCAUUUCUAUGUUUUUUAUUUUCAUUAUUAUUAUUAUUGUUUUGUUUGUCGCACAGUUAACGCUGGAAUAAGGUUGAGCUGAUUCCUCCUGUUUCAUUUCGGACGCACCACAAGUAGGGUAGACGCUGAGAAGAUCUGCCUGCUGUUGUAUGGAAUAAAAGAUUCAAGGAUGAAUUCGGCCGAGCAGACAGUAACAUGGCUCAUCACCCUGGGGGUUCUGGAGUCUCCGAAGAAAAGCAUCUCGGACCCAGAGGCGUUCCUGCAGGCGUCUCUGCAGGAUGGAGCGGUGCUGUGCAGGCUGCUGGAGCGACUCAGACCCGGGACAGUGGACAAGUUUUUCCAGGAACCGAGGAGCGACGCCGAGUGUCAGCGGAACAUUAACGAGUUUGUUAAAGGCUGCGGAGCGUUCAGUGUAGAGCCAUUUGAAGUCAAUGACCUUCUGCAAGGACUGAACUUCUCCAGGGUCCUGAACUCCUUGGUUGCACUUAACAAAGCUACUGAAGAAUCAGGUGUUGCCGGGGACAGUGUGUGUAUACCACACUCCUCAACAUUGAGGAUCAAGUCAUUUGAUUCUCUGAACACUCAGACUCGCUCCUCCAAACUGCUGCUGCCUCAGUACCGCAGCCUGGACAUGUCAGAAGGUAGUGGGUGUGGCCAGCUGCUGGUCAAGGCGCGCUUUCCUUUCCAACAGACCAAUGAGGACGAGCUAUCCUUCUCCAAGGGGGACAUCAUCAGUGUGAGCAGGCAGGAGGAGGGGGGCUGGUGGGAAGGCUCGUUCAAUGGCAAGACUGGGUGGUUUCCCAGUAACUAUGUACGGGAGUUGAAAGGAAGUGAUAAAACAUUAGAAAAACAAAAGCCUGGGACGGUGAAAAGUCCUCCUAAAGGAUUUGACAGUACCAUCAUUAGUAAGACCUACUAUAAUGUGGUCCUACAAAACAUCCUGGAAGCUGAGACCGAAUACUCAAGAGAGCUGCAGAGUCUCCUGGGUUCAUACCUACGCUCCCUUCACCCCACAGACAGACUCAGCAGCUCUGACAUCGGCCACAUUCAGGGAAAUCUGGAGGAGAUCUCUACCUUCCAGCAAAUGUUGGUCCAGUCUUUGGAGGAACACACAAAACUCCCAGAGAGCCAGCAAAAGAUCGGGGGCUUCUUCUUGAAUCUCAUGCCCCAGAUGAAGAUAAUCUAUGUGGCGUACUGCUCCAAUCACCCAAACGCCGUCAGUGUACUCACCCAGCACAGUGAGGAGCUGGGGGAGUACAUGGAGUCAAAGGGUGCGUCCAGUCCAGGGAUCUUAACUUUAACCACAAGUCUGAGUAAACCCUUCACCAGACUGGAGCGAUACCCAACACUACUGAAGGAGCUGGACAGACACAUGGAGGAUCAACACCCUGACAGAGCUGACCUCCAUUCCUCCAUGACAGCCUUCAAAAACCUUGCAACUCGGUGUCUGGAGGUGAGAAAGAAAAAAGACCUGGAGUUGCAGAUUUUGACCGAGCCAAUCAGAAACUGGGAAGGUGAUGACAUCAGAACCCUCGGCCCUGUUCUCCACAUGUCGCAGGCCACCGUUCACACACAGAACUGUCAGGAGUCGAAUGAGCGCUACCUCGUCCUCUUCCCUCACACUCUGCUCAUGCUCUCUGCCAGUCUGAGGAUGAGCGGGUUCAUCUAUCAGGGAAGGGUGCCGCUGUCAGGAAUGCUUAUCUCCAGAAUAGAAGAUGGAGAAAACCUGAGGAAUGCUUUUGAAAUAUCUGGUGGUCAGUGUGAGCGCAUGCAGGUGGCGUGUAACAGCCAACAGGAGCUGCAGGACUGGCUGGACCUUCUCACCAAAUACACACACACUCCGGCUGCACAUGCUCACUCCCACAAACCUCAGUCUAUCUGCCACACAUUGCCAUCCCACCCUGUCACUCCGUCAAGACACUCAGACUCUCGUGGAGGUAACGGUGCACAAACCUACCACACGCUCCCCCAUCUGUCUUCAUAUGGAACGGCCCACGGCAGCAGCCCUAUGUGGGGGCCUCUGGAACCACCGAGCACCCCCAAGCCCUGGAGCUUGAGCUGCCUCCGCCCUGCACCUCCGCUCAGGCCCUCUGCUGCUCUCUGCUACAAGGAGGAUAUGAGCAAGAGUCCUAAAAAUAUGAAGAAGCUGCUCCCCAAGAGGAAACCAGAGAGGAAACCUUCAGAAGAAGAUUUCUCUACCAGAAAAAGUACAGCUGCUCUGGAGGAGGACGCUCAGAUUCUCAAAGUGAUUGAGGCGUAUUGUACCAGCGCAAAGACACGACAGACUCUUAACUCCACCUGGCAAGGAACUGACCUCAUGCACAACCAUGUGCUUGCUGACACCAGCCUCACUGUCGCUGGGUUACCCGGCAACCUGCCCUGUUCGGACCAGUCAGAGGACUCGGAUUAUGACAGUAUCUGGACUGCUCAUAGUUACAGGACCGCCUCAUUCUCUCGCUCCAGCAGGAAGGACGUACACAUGUUAUUUCCAGAGGAGGAGAAGAUCAUCGUGGAGGAAACCAGAAGCAACGGACAGACUGUAGUGGAGGAGAGGAGUCUGGUGGACACUGUGUACAGCCUGAAAGAUGAAGUCCAGGAACUUAAACAGGACAACAAGAGGAUGAAGAGGACUCUGGAGGAGGAGCAGCGAGCAAGGAAGGAGUUGGAGAGGAUCAUCAGGAGGGUCCUGAAAAACAUGAACGACCCCACCUGGGACGAGACUAAUCUCUGAGCUCACUGUCUGGACCAGAGCAGUUCAUGACCUGUUUUAGACGAUCAGUGGGCUUUAAAUGACCAGUUCAUGUGGACAGAAGCUGCCAGCAUCUUCACUGUCUCCCCCUGCUUUGACCUUUGACCUUCCAGUGAGCUCCGUACCCCACUCCGGACCAAAAGCCACCAGCAAAGCAAUGCCACCUGACCGUAAAACUGUGAAGCCAAACUAGCUGGUAGGCAUGACCACAUCCCUCCCUGUGUUUCCUGCCUCCUUGUGCUUCUUUGCAUUAAGUAUGAAACGUCACCGCUGACAGGACACGGUUUCCUGACUGGCCUGAUGCAUGAAGAUACAUUUUUACACAUUCCUUUCCUGCUGCAGUUUUGUUGCAGUUCUCAGUAAGGUAUUUCCUUGCAUUGUGGUUGUUGUGCAGUUAGCGUGCUCAGCCACCACAUUUGACCUAAAUUUACCAGCACUUAUUACUGUAAGUGACCUCAGAGUUUUUCAGGAUGUUCUCAGUGUCUCUUGAAGCAUUUUUGACUGACCUAUAUAUUAUUGUAUGUGUCAAAAGACCUGUGUAUUGCAUUAUGGGAUAUGUAGAUUUCUUAUGACCUUAAAUUAUCAUAAUUAUGUCAAGUCUAAAGGACCAACUAUGAGGAAGUUCUGCAAGAGAUGUGUCAGUUUGUACAUCAAGAGCAUUUUAUGCACAUUUAAAGUUCCAUAUUUUCAUUUAAUGUAGUUUUGCAGAAUCUUCAGUUUAAAGCCUCUAAUGGUCCAUCCACACUAAGGACAGUAAUCAUUACCUGCAAUGAUGUUAGCAUCCACACUAUGGAAUAAUUUUUAUCCAUCAAACUCACACUGUAGUUAAGCAAGAAAAAAAAAAAAAUAGAAAGUUGAUCAUGAGGGUUAUUGUUGUUGCUGGUAUGGACA